GCUUCGAUGCAUACUAUCGUUUCCUUGGUCAAGAUAACCCAAGACUAUAAUUACAGAAUUACAGGGAGCCAAACCAGCGAUAUCUUGACCAGUACCUUCCUUCGUACCUACCAAUUACUAACCAUUGCGUCGUGCAUAGCGCUUCGUAUGACUUCCGGCCGUUUGGCCGUCUGCCCGCCUGCCCGCCUGCCCGCCGUGCUUGGAAGCAGCAGUCUUGAGCACAACGCGACUGCGUCGACCGUAUCCGGACGACAUAAUGGGGGUCGAUCCUCUCUCUCCCAUUGCGCCUGUGCGUCUGAGGGCCCUUCUGCUGCCCAUUGGCAAAAUCAGGCGAUCCCGGUUCCUGAGCUUUGCUGCAAGACUCCAAGCCGAGAAUGUUGUCCGCUUGGGUGAUAUCAGUCCCGAUGCGCGCCCAAAUCGAAACAUGUUCUCCCCGCUGGCGUUCCCUACUGGAAUGAUUCUUUAUGAUCUCACAUAUUCCGUACCGCCCACGUCCCACUUGGAAUUGUUUCCCUUCGAGAUAUUCCGUGAGCCUUUGGUGGUAAUUGCGAUUGCCGAUGGAGCAGAGCUCAGUGAAGAUACAAAGAACGGGGAGAAAACCUCAGCGGUCGAUCGGCCCCCAGAGCCAAGCGAACUGGAGCAACUUCGACAGGAACUGGAAACACUAAAGCAGACCAACCUGAGGGCCUUGGUACACCAGCUUCUGAUAUUUGACUAUGAUGGCGUGGAGAAAUUGUUUAAUGGCCCAGAUAAUGUUUCAUGGGUGCCGCGACCUGAAGCGUCUAAGGCUACCACAAUGAAAACGGUAUUAUGCGACAUAACAUCCUUGCUCCUAUCCGAAUUAGAUGAGUUCGCCAAGACCAUUCAAAGUAUUCCUACCAUCAAUUCCCCGAGAGCAUCAUCUUGGGGUCCACAUCGAGGGCCCGACAUCCGCCCACGCCCAACAGAUCGCCUAUUUCAUCGGAUGACGAUGCCUGCGCAGCUACCAUCCAAUCCCAACGGUGCAUCAGAGUCGCGCCGGGGCUCUAAUCAAGGUUCGCCUGCUCCCGGUGACCAUGAGACGCCUACUACAUUCGACGAAAUAACCCGGUCAAUUCAACUGGCCAACCGCUCCAACUCGAUAAGCAAGCCACAUUCGCUCCCAUCGUCAAAAGAGCACAGUCGUGAUCGCAUGUCGGUAAGCGGCAUGAGCGCAACAGACCGAACAAAAAACCGCAUCAAAGGGCGUAUAGGUGUGGUUGUUGGAACAUUAUUUCUCCAGGCAGGCAGAUGGCCUGAUGCUCUCAAAGAACUUGUCGAGGCUGCAUCCAAUGCAAGAGCCAGUAGUGACUAUGUGUGGCAUGCCAAAGCGCUGGAAUCCAUUCUUCUCUGUCUGCUGAUGCUCGCUUGGGCUGGGAUGGAUUUUCAGAUACCACCUGUAUGCUACCCUGUCUCCGACAAGUCAUCGAAGCUGUCAUACAACACUACCUUCGACUCGGGCUCGUCCUCCGCAGGAAACCGGAUCAUAUCUCUCCAAAACCUGUCCAACCUACUCCCAGACCUUUCGAACAAUAUACUGAAUCUCUAUAACCGCGCCGCUAACAUCACCAAUGAACCAUUGCCUCAGCUAGUCUAUUCUGAGACCGUCGUUCGUCUGGCAAGGUUAUUGGCUGCCGCCCGAAUUCGGGAUGGUGCUUUGGACGAUGUAGCCCUGAAGAAUAUCGUCACAAACGAGCCUCUGGUGCCGUUACUCCGCCCGGAGCGGCCCCGUGGGCUCAAUAUGCUUCGGAAGUCUGAGAUUGCAAACUUCCUUUUCCGCGCAUUACCUCUAUCCCCUGGGUCAGAUCUGCCUCCCACUGAUGCUAUACCUAUCACUGUGGGUGUGAUCUCCGUCUUAAAUAUUCUCGAUCUACCACGAAAGAAGGCGUUUCUGCUACGAGAGCUUCUUUCGCUUAUGAUCCCCACCCUCGUGCAAGCGCGUAAGAUUGGCGCAGCAGAAGUGGGGGUCCAUCCUGCAGCUGGGUUGGCGUCUUUGACUGACACUGCGUUUGACAUCAACGCUCUUGACCUUGGACCGGGAAACAUGGAAGAAAGUAUGCGUUCGCUACUCGCUGUCAUAGGGGACACAUAUGGCGUGCAGCCAUCGUCGUAUUGCGAAUGGGAAAAAAGACGAUCAUCUACUCUUAGUACCAACGAUGCUUUCCCCGACUAUGAUUCCGUGGCUGCUAUUGUCGAACGGUCUUUCCGGCAUGCUAACCUGGAUCAGUAUGGGGAUCUCAAUCUUAAGAUUGAUGUUCUUAAGGCAGCUAUCAGCUCAUGUGAGGCACUUCCAGAUUUUGAUGGUGUGCUUCGUUUCACAGUCGAACUUCUUCAAACCAUUCGAGGAGACCUGAUGCUGGCAGAGACCCAACUCAACCCGCCUUGCCUGUCUCGUGAUGAGCAGAUUCGGCUCUUGAAUAAUAUCAAAAGAACUGUUGGCGCGGCCAAAAAAUUAGGCGCACCCGAGCUGGAAGCGGAAUAUUGGGAUGACUUCUUGGUACGGGGUGUUGAGCUUUUGCCCCUCCCAGAUCCUAGACGACCUGUUCGUCACUCUAAAACAGAUCUGGAUGCUGUCGCAGCGGAUCGCGAAAAGUCAGCCAAGGAUCCGUUCCUCUAUAAUCCCUUCGCGAAGGCAAAUACUAAGGCUUCUGAGGUUCUGAUGGUUGCGGGUGAAUAUGCGGCAUUCCGAGUCUCGCUUCAGAACCCCUAUGACUUCGAGCUAGAAAUCGAGAAGCUUAGCCUGGAUGGUGAUGGCGUGCCUUUGGAUGCUGUGGCAGAGUGGGUGCUCGUACCUCCUCUUUCCUUGCAAAAAAUCACUGUCUAUGGGCAAGCCCUUGAAGAAGGUGCGCUCAACAUUACCGGCUGCAUUGUCAAGGUUAGGCACUGCAGGGAGCGCAGGUUCCCAAUCUUUCAGUCAUUAUGGAAGCCAGAGACAGAAGUGAAGUUCAAACGCACAGGGCUUGCUGCUAAGAAGCCUGCGGUGGAUCGUCCUCUGUCCUGGAGUUCGACCACCGCCAGAGACGGUAAAACAAUACCCAAGAAGGGCCCUGACACUUCGGCCUGCGAAGUCAAAGUCAUUGGUAAACAACCAUCUCUAGCAAUUGAGUCGUUGUCUCUUUCUCAGUCCGCAAUCAUGGUACUCGAAGGCGAACUCAGCUCCUUCGACAUUACGCUUCGCAAUACGUCACCGUGCCCGCUUAAUUUCAUCUUAUUCACUUUCCAGGACUCCACAACCAGACAGGUGCAGUCAGCGCUUGGCAACAAAGACCUCCUUCCUGUUGAAAUCUAUGAGCUGGAAUUGAACCUUACCAGACCUGCGCUGCGCUGGCGCCGACAAGGUUCGAAUCCUGAAGACUACUCGAUCCCGGCAGGUCAAAGUGCUACAUUUACCAUCGAAAUCAUCGGAAAGCCCGGCUUGCAGGACACUACCGUUCAAAUCGAUUAUUCGUACCUUGGUAUGUCGGACGGCGGUUUGCCCGAUGUCUUCUAUACCCGCCAACUGUUUGUCCCACUUACUGCUACGGUCAAUGCCAGUGUUGAGAUCGCACGGUGUGAUAUCUUACCACUCAGUAGUGAUUUUGCCUGGUGGAAUCGUAAGAAUGGUAUUGUGGAAGGCGAAGCUGAGGAUAGCCAAUCUCUUGAUUCCGGUGCUAUCUCACCGGUCCUGUCCCAUCUUGCCCACGGCAAGUACGGACCUGAUCACUGCAUCUGCCUACUAGACCUGCGCAAUGCCUGGCCCAACCCUUUGUCCGUGUCCUUGAAGGUCCAGGAGCAGCCUGUGGAGUCUGAGCAGGUUGCAACCCACGACGUUUCUGCUGACUCGGAGGGCCAGUAUACUGUGCAUGGAGAACUUCAACCGGGUCAAACAUCUCGCUUCGUUCUCGUACUUCCUCGGGUGCAUCUAGAAAACCCCCACGCAUCAAUCCCCAUACUGAACACGGGCAUGAAGCGUCAGUUCGUCGUCAGCGCCCACAAGCUUUCCUUCGACGCCGAGGCGGCCUCCCGCGAAGCAUUCUGGUAUCGCGAAGAGCUCCUCCGCCGGGUAUCCGGACACUGGAAAGAGAAAGCCGGCGGACGCGUUGGGAUCGUCGACCUUCGCAACCUCCGUUUCAACGCCCGCAUGGUCGACGCCUUCCGAUCUGACGAUAUCGGCGUGACCUACGCCCUGGAACCCUUGCUGCCGGAUGAGUCCACCAGUACCGCGGCCGUGCGCACUGGGAACUCCAAGUACGACGUCCGAACGGACGAGCUGCUGAACCUCACCGUCACGGUUCUCAACCGCUCGAACAGACCCCUGCACCCACUCCUGCGGCUGCAGCCCAGUCUCCGCCACCAGCCCAGCAACGUGGCCCUGGACCUCUCACGGCGGCUCGCCUGGACUGGCAUGCUGCAGCAGGUACUCCCUGUUCUUAGUGGCGGGGAAAGCACGACCGCCACCGUCGGCGUCACGGCUCUUUGCCGGGGCGAGUAUGAGUUCGGCGCAACCGUAGAGGAGCUUCGGCUCCUGGCGCCCACGUCGGAGCCUGGAGGCGAGGCCCAUUCGGCGGCGGCGGCGCAAGCCGCCUUCCAUGACGUCGAUGGUAUCAUCACCGAUACGUUCGGUGCGGAUGUGGCCAAAAAGCGUCGGAUCUGGCACGCCAAAGAGACCUGUGUUAUGAACGCUCAUGAAUGA